AUGAGUACAGCAACCCCAAAGGAAAACACCCCACAACCGCAGCGGCAACCUCCAACGCCUCAAUACAGCGACGAUGAUGAUUACGACUACGACUCCUUCUCCGACGACGACGACGACGGCUAUUACGAAGAAGAGAACGUGGCCCCAGGAAAGAACCAGCUUCAACAUCAAACCCAGCAGCAAACACAACAACCACCGCAACAACAACAACAACAACACCAGCGAAAAAGACCCAUGAAAACCGCCUCCAAACAUUCAGCGGACACGGCGAUGCUGCCGUUUGAAUACAUCGGACCACCGGAGACGUCCAUGGACGGGCCUGUCACCUAUGCUCGUGCCCAACGGGGAGAGAUUCCCAUGCGGCCUGGAAACCCGAAUCAGAGGCUCAAGACUGCCGAGAAGCCCAAGGAGGAGGAACAGGAUGGCCUGAGAUUGAAGCUGGAGAUCAACUUGGAUGUAGAGGUGGAAUUGAAGGCGGUCAUACAUGGCGACUUGACCUUGGCUCUCUUGUAA